CUUCCUUGUUCGGUAUUAGUUGGGAGAUUCCCACUGAAUUGUGGGCGUUCAACGUCUCGAGGGGAUUACCCCAACUCAACACUGAGAAUGCCGCUCAAAUACAGACAUGUUUACAGGUAACCAAAUGAUAUUACUCUCGUGUAAUAUUCAAUACAUUAUUGGUAGUCAACGCAUAGGCAAAAUCUCCGCAAGUGUAGACUAGUCUAUUAUCAACGUAAUCUGUACAUUUAAUUCAUUUGGGUGAAUUCCAUAAACCUAUGUCAUCUGAGCUCACUGUUCCCCGUGCAUUCCUACUGAUCAAACGUUUUUGGGCAUACAUAAUACCCCUUUCAUUUAAAGUUGUCCAAGUUAAAAUGCAACAGUUAUGUGCUUUUCAGAGGAGUAGCCAAUUGAUCUAUCGAUAAAUAUGUUUUUAGCGUUCGCCUCCAUAUUUACACAGCAGCACAUUCGUUCGCGCAUCAGAGGCUGUGAUAUUCUGGGCGGAGACAUCGGGGAAUUCCCAAGCGACUCUCUCUCUGUCUCUCUCUCUCUCUCUCUGUGUCUCUCUGUCUCGCUCUGUCUCUCACACACUUUCUCUCUCUCUCCCAGCUGGAGCUUCUCAUUCAGACAACAACCCGUGAUAAGGUUGUGCACAUCAACACCAUGGAUGUGGCAGAGCCCAGUGUUCAGAUCUUUGAGCAGCCCAAACAGAGGGGCAUGCGCUUCAGGUACAAGUGUGAGGGCCGCUCUGCAGGCAGCAUCCCUGGAGAGAGGAGCUCUGACAACAACAGGUCAUACCCCACCAUACAGAUUCUGAACUACUGUGGGAAGGGCAAAGUGCGCGUUUCCCUCGUAACCAAGAACGAGCCCUUUAGGCCCCACCCCCAUGACUUGGUGGGCAAGGACUGCAAGGAGGGAUUCUACGAAGCUGAGUUUGGCCCAGAGCGCAAGGUCUUCGCCUUCCAGAAUCUGGGUAUCCAGUGUGUGAGGAGGAGAGAGGUAAAGGAAUCCAUCGUGCAGAGGAUGACCAGAGGGAUCAACCCAUUCAAUGUGCCACGGGAGCAGCUGUUACAGACGGAGGAGUACGACCUGAACGUGGUGCGUCUCUGUCUCCAGGUGUUCCUACAGGACGACAGCGGACACUGCAACCGCGCCCUCAACCCCAUUGUCACAAACCCCAUCUAUGACAACAGGGCUCCGAACACGGCUGAGCUGCGUAUCUGUCGGGUCAACAGGAACAGUGGUUGUGUGAAGGGAGGAGACGAGAUCUUUCUGCUGUGUGAUAAAGUCCAGAAAGAUGACAUUGAGGUGCGUUUCUUCACUCCUGGCUGGGAGGCUAAGGGCUCCUUCUCCCAGGCUGACGUUCACCGCCAGGUGGCCAUCGUCUUUAAGAGCCCGCCCUACUACGACACGUCCAUCACCGGCCCGGUCACUGUGCACAUGCAGUUACGCCGUCCCACCGACCAGGAAGUCAGCGAGCCCAUGGAGUUCAGAUAUCUACCCAACGACAAGGAUCCCUAUGGUUGCCAGGAGAAGAAGAGGAGAAGAGAGCACCUGAUUAAAACCUUACCCGGGUUCCUACCUUUAGGUGGAAUGAAUCAGAUGAACAGACCGAAGGCAGUACCACACAGUCCCAUGGCCCAGUCCAUGAGAAAAGACAUCAACAACAUGUACAUGAAACAGCCCUCUCCCGCUAUGAUGCGCCAAACCCCUCCUACCAUGCACAACCAUGCCAACCAACAUUACCAACAACAUAGCCCUCAGCAGCGCACAAUGAUGACAUCCAUCCACCAGAUGUGGCCCCAACCCAACCCGACUUUGUCCCUGGAGACCAUCAGAAUUAACCCCUCGAGCACCGGUAGUAGCCAGGGUAACGCUAUGCAGCAACAGCAGGUGAACCACUGUGUUACCUCUGGGUACCUUCAUGGAGGGGAGAGCAGCGGUAGUGGAGGCGGUGGUGGUGGUAACAUCCUGCCCCAACUCACCAUGGGGGACCUGCAAUGUCUGGGUCUGGAGUCCAAUCUCCAGGGUCCUUCGGCCAGCCAAACCCAGCCCGGUGGGCCUGAUCUCCAGCACCUCCAGCACCCUCACCCCCAGCACCCUCACCCCCAGCACCCUCACCAGCGGCAGCACUUCCAACAGCAUAGACACCAGCAGCCCCACCAGAGGAAAGUGCCAUCCUUCUCCCAGGGCAUGGGGAGCCAGGAAGGGCAGAUCCAGGGGAACCAGACCCAGCACCUCCAGGCACCCUGGAACAGCGGUGGCGACGCGGGGUCUCUGGGGUUGGGCUUCCUCCUGGAUAGCGUGGCGAGUGAUGAGAUCAUCCAGGACCUGGUGGGAUUAGGGGGCCCUCAGGCCACCUUCCAACUGAAGCAGGAGCCCCUAACUGGGGGACAGGAGGGCCAGAUGAUCGCCUCUUGUUCCUUCUCCGCCUCGGACGGCCAGCAGCAGCAGCAGUCGUACGCCAACCUCCUCCCCAGGCCUAUGAGUAACAGCAACGGCGUCGCCAUGGAGACGGCAAGGCAUGAAAGCACCAAUAGCAAUUCCAACAACAUCCAGGCCCUCAAGAACUUACAGAACCCCUUCACCCCAACCAAUGGAAUGGGGCAAGAAGGUGCCCAUUUUGACUCCUUGGCUGCCUGGGCCUUUUUCACUCCACCGCAGUGACUUGGCACAUUCUCAGCCUGUGGGAAAUGCUUCAGGCAGUCUCAGUGAGCAAAUGCUUAGUCAUUUUGUCUGUGCAAGAAUGUGGUCAGAACUUGUGAACAGAUAUAGAGAUAUUUUCAGGGCAAAGGUAACUCAACUGGCUAUAUGAAUAUGAUAUGAAUGUACUUUUCUUUUUAUCACUCAAUCAGUGUCAGAGUUAGAUGGGUUGAGUUCUCUGCCAACAGAAGUAAUCAAUGCUUUGUGGUUUUAACACGAUGGAUAUGCUUUUGAGGGAAAGGGGGAUAAAGGUUAAGAUAAACAGGUAUGUUUUUGUCAACACUUUACUUGAAGUGGGCUGUUAUAACGGCCUUACUAACGCAUACAGCUGUAGGAAUGUGGUUACAUCUCCCAUGAAAUGUCCCCGAAUCAUGUUGUUCAGUUAAACAGAUCACACGGUUAAAAUGGUUCCCACCGUUCAAACCAAUGAGGGUUCGGAACUUUAAAGCCGAUUAUCUCAGGAUGAUCUUUUAUCAGAUAGAACCGUGUAGUUCUAAUGUUCCGAUUCAACUGUCUACUGUUCCAUGUUCCAUGACAGUGUUAUGUUGAUCGUAGAGCCUCCCGAGUGGCCCGGUGGUCUAAGACACGGUUCUAACUGUGCCACUAGAGAUCCUGGUUGGAGUCCAGGCUCUGUCGUAGCCGGCCGCGACCGGGAGACCCAUGGGGCUGCGCACAAUUGGCCCAGUGUCGUCCGGGUUAGGGGAGAGUUUGGCCGGCCGGGAUGUCCUUGUCCCAUCGCACUCUAGCGACUCCUGUGGCGGGCCGGGCGCAAAUGCACGCUGACACGGUCGUCAGGUGACACUGUGUUUCCUCCGACACAUUGGUGCGGCUGGCUUCUGGGUUAAGCGGACAUUGUGUCAAGAAGGAGUGCGGCUUGGCUGGGUCUGUUUAGGAGGACUCUCGACCUUCGCCUCUCCCGAGUCCGUACGGGAGUUGCAGCGAUGGGACAAGACUGUAACUACCAAUUGGAGACCAUGAAAUUGGGGAGAAGAAGGGGUAAAAAUAUAAAAACAUUUAUAAAGGUUGAUUUAAAAAAACUGUCAUGACCUGUUACGUUAGCUGUUAUAACAGCAUUAUAGAGGUAUUACGAUAAGUCCACUUUGGGUAAAGUGUUCUAUGUCCUGUACAUCUACAAUAAAGCCAGUUGAGAGUUUAGCAUGUUCAAUCGCUACAAAUGCUAUAGCUCUGAAGAGUGGCGAGGUACUCAGAUUCCCUCAGAGGAAGAUUCUGGGAGUGUCCAGUCAGUCACUGUUGGAAUACUUCAGAGAUGCGUCCUUGUUUCCUUUCCUUGACCUAUCCCGUCACUCACUGCGCUACGAGUGAUAGUAUAACUGAAAGCAAAGUGACCACCUUAUUACUUCCACCAAUCCAACCAAUUGAGAUCCAUGUUGACUUCAGGUGAGGUAGCAAGGAUGCAUUUCUAGAGUAUUUCAACAGGACCAGUGGUAGGUAGCACUGUGGUAUUCCCUGGUAAUGGCUAUGUCAUAUUAAUAAUCACGUGUGCUGUCUAUCUCAGAGUUCUCAGAGCAUUGUGAUGUGAUCAACACUACGGGACAUUCCAAAUGGCACCCUAUUCCCUAGUGCACUAUAUUAGGGCUCUGAUCAAAACUAGUGCACGGUAUAGGGAAUAAGGUGCACUUUGGGAUGCUGACCGUGGUUCCACAUCAAAUGCAUCAGUUACUUUUCAUGUCAUAAUUUACCCAAAUACUGUAUGUAUGGUUUAUAAAUACUGUAUGUAUGGUUUAUAAAUACUGUAUGUAUGGUUUAUAAAUACUGUAUGUAUGGUUUAUAAAUACUGUAUGUAUGGUUUAUAAAUACUGUAUGUAUGGUUUAUAAAUGUUGAUGGUUUUUUGUCGUAAAAAGUUUUGUUAUUAUUUUCAUGAACAACAUUUUGUAAGCUGAUGAUGUUUCUGUGGUAUUUUCCUAAAUGUUUUAUGCAA